AUGACACGAACAUCACCCAACUCCUUCCAACAGCUAGAAAAGCUCGGCGAAGGCACCUACGCCACGCUCGUGGCACUCAAAGAAAUCGCCCUAGACACCGAAGAAGGCACACCCUCGACCGCAAUCCGCGAGAUCUCUCUCAUGAAAGAGCUCCACCACGAGAACAUCCUGCGCCUACACGAUGUCAUCCACUCUGAGAACAGACUCAUGCUCGUCUUCGAAUACAUGGACAAAGACCUAAAGCGCUACAUGGACACCAACGGCGGGCAUCUCGAACCCUCCGUCAUCAAAUCCUUCGCAAACCAACUCGUGUGCGGCGUCGCCUUCUGUCACGAGAACCGCAUUCUCCACCGCGAUCUCAAGCCCCAAAACCUCCUGGUAAACCACAAAGGCCAGCUCAAACUCGCAGACUUCGGUCUCGCCCGCGCAUUUGGCAUCCCGGUGAACACCUUCUCCAACGAAGUCGUCACGCUGUGGUACCGCGCGCCAGACGUAUUACUAGGGAGUCGAAGCUACAGCACGAGCAUCGACAUCUGGUCCAUUGGAUGUAUUAUCGCGGAGAUGUCUAUGGGCCGGGCAUUGUUCCCCGGAUCGAAUAAUGAGGACCAAUUGCAGAAGAUUUUUAAGGUCAUGGGGACCCCGUGUGAGACGUCGUGGAGGGGUGUGUCGAGGUUGCCUGAGUAUCGCGCGGAUUUUCCACUGUAUGUGGAACAGGACUUGUGGGGACUGAUGCCUAGGAUGGAAGAAAGGGGGAUGGGACUUGUCAGGGCGAUGUUGAGGUUACAGCCUGAGAUGAGAAUAAGUGCUGUGGAUGCGUUGAGUUAUUCUUGGUUUACUGGUGGUCAGCUCCAUGAUGAGGAGGGACAGGGUGGCUGGUGA